AGGGCAGGGGCAGCGGCCGCAGCCGCAGCCGCGCCUGACAGCGGCCCCGCGCCGCAGGAUCCGCGCCCCGCAAGGACGUGCUCCACGAGCUGCCAGGCGCGAUUACGUUGUUUUUUUCCCCCCACCCACCCCUUGAACUUGUUGCUUGGCGCUCGGCGGUGGCGGAGGGGGGUGGGGGUGGGGGAAAGCCUUAUUAUCGAUGUCCCUUUGGAUGCGAUCAAGCUUUCUCAGGAGCAACUACUUCCCCGCCGUUCCCGGCGGGGCGCGGAGAUCUAGCGGCAGAGCUCGUAUUUCCAAAAGUCUCUAUGCAACUGAGCGCUCUCGCCAGACUUUCACAGUGGCUGGACCAGAACUGUCUCUAGAUUGACUCCCUUAGCUGUAAUAGGUGUUUGGAAUCAUGGCGGCAGGUGUAGCAGCUUGGUUACCCUUUGCCAGGGCAGCAGCCAUAGGAUGGAUGCCAGUGGCUACUGGUCCCAUGCCAGCUGCUCCACGGCAGGAGAGAAAGCGAAGCCAGGACUCUCUGAUUGUACUGAAUGUGAGUGGCAUCCAGUUCCAGACAUGGCUGGACACCUUAGAGCGCUACCCUGACACUCUGCUGGGCAGUUCAGAGCGGGACUUCUUCUACCACCCUGAGACACAGCAGUACUUUUUUGAUCGGGACCCUGACAUUUUCCGCCAUAUUCUCAACUUCUACCGCACUGGGAAGCUCCAUUAUCCCCGCCAGGAGUGCAUCUCAGCUUAUGAUGAGGAGCUGGCCUUCUUUGGCAUCAUCCCUGAGAUCAUUGGUGACUGCUGUUACGAGGAAUACAAGGAUCGACGGCGUGAGAAUGCUGAGCGCCUGCAGGAUGAUGCUGAUACGGAUCACGUAGCUGAGAGCUCCCUACCCUCAAUGACAGCUCGUCAGAGGAUGUGGCGGGCCUUCGAAAACCCACACACCAGUACCCUGGCUCUGGUCUUCUACUAUGUCACUGGUUUCUUCAUUGCCGUCUCCGUUAUUGCCAACGUGGUGGAGACAGUGCCCUGUGGGGUAAGCCCGGGGCGCAUCAAGGAGCUGCCCUGUGGAGAGCGGUAUGCGGUGGCUUUCUUCUGUCUGGAUACCGCCUGUGUGAUGAUCUUCACAGUUGAAUAUCUCCUACGUCUUCUGGCAGCUCCCAGUCGCUACAAAUUUGUGCGCAGUGUCAUGAGUAUCAUUGAUGUGGUGGCCAUUAUGCCAUAUUACAUUGGUCUGGUGAUGACAGAUAACGAGGAUGUCAGUGGGGCUUUUGUGACAUUAAGAGUCUUUCGUGUCUUCAGGAUCUUUAAGUUUUCCCGCCACUCACAGGGUCUGCGCAUCCUGGGCUAUACCCUGAAAAGUUGUGCCUCGGAGUUAGGCUUCCUCCUCUUCUCACUCACUAUGGCCAUCAUCAUCUUUGCCACAGUCAUGUACUAUGCAGAGAAAGGUUCAUCAGCCAGCAAGUUCACCAGCAUCCCUGCAGCCUUCUGGUACACCAUCGUCACCAUGACAACACUGGGGUAUGGUGACAUGGUGCCAAAGACAAUAGCUGGAAAGAUUUUUGGUUCAAUAUGCUCCCUGAGUGGGGUCUUGGUCAUUGCUCUGCCAGUUCCUGUAAUUGUCUCCAACUUCAGCCGUAUAUACCACCAGAAUCAACGAGCAGACAAGCGCAGGGCACAAAAGAAAGCCAGGCUUGCUCGAAUCCGUGCAGCGAAGAGUGGGAGCGCUAAUGCCUACAUGCAGAGCAAACGAAAUGGCUUGCUGAGUAACCAGCUGCAGCAGUCCUCCAAUGAAGAAGAACAGGCCUUUGUUGGCAAAUCUGGCUCUUCCUUUGAAACACAGCACCACCACCUGCUUCACUGCCUGGAAAAAACCACGAACCACGAGUUUGUGGAUGAGCAACUCUAUGAAGAGAGCUGUAUGGAGGUUUCUACAGUGAACAGACCCCCGAGCCACAGCCCCUCUCUCUCGUCUCAACAAGGCGUGACCAGCACCUGCUGCUCACGAAGACAUAAAAAGACGUACCGCAUCCCAAACACCACCAUCACCGGCAGCCGCCCCGGCAGCGUGCAGGAGCUCAGCACCAUCCAGAUCAGAUGUGUGGAGAGGACGCCUCUGUCUAACAGCCGUUCCAGCUUAAAUGCCAAAGUGGAAGAGUGCGUUAAACUAAACUGUGAGCAGCCUUACGUCACUACAGCAAUAAUCAGCAUCCCAACACCUCCAGUCACCACACCUGAAGGAGACGACAGGCCAGACUCUCCUGAGUAUUCGGGAGGAAAUAUUGUCAGAGUAUCUGCAUUAUAAAACAAGGAAUAAUUUAUGAAUUAGCAUAAAGACCACAAGCUGAGCUCGAGCAGUGAAAAACGAGUCAUGAGGAAUGAGAGAGCUGACAAAGACAACGCCCCUUGACGAGUGUGCCAGUGGCCACAGAGCAAGAGGUUCAGGAGAAACAAACUUUGUGGGUUUUGGUGUCGUAGGGUGUGAACCAAAAGGAGUUUCUUACCCCCUGUCUGACUGACGUGCGGUGGAAUCUUCUGUGACCAUCCUGACUUACUAUAUGAGCACAAUGAAAUGUCCCCAUUGAUGCUUCUUCUUAUCAUGAAAGUUCUUUUUAGAAAAAAACACAAAUGAAAAAAUAGAAACCUAUGUUCCUGCUGAAUGCAAAACAAGAAACAUUUUGAUAACAUGUCUUUUUUUUUCCCUGUUAAUAAACCACAAACUUGCUGAAGAACUGUCAAAAAACGAAUGAAAAAAUGCUCAUAUGAAAUAUGUUUGUACUGACUGAAAGAACUACAACCAUAAUGCAUGCUGAAAUUAUUUGAAGCUGUGAUCUCAGUUUACUUUUGUUGUUUUUCAGAUUAGGCAUGAUAAAAUAAUACUGUAGAAAGGGGCAUUUCCGUGCACUUACAACAAGCUGAUUGUUAAUGUUCCAUGGUAGUUGUACAAAUAACUUCCCUUUGAAAAAUGCAGUAUUUCUUACUCAAACACUCAUUAGUGAACUAAAAUUGUUCAGUUAGUUCAAUAUUUACUAUUGUUUUAUCUUGCUUCCUAGGUACUGUUACAACUGCAAUAAGUCAUUGUACACCUGUUGUAUCAGGAAUCAGGAUUUUAUUUUUUUUAAGGUAUUUUACACAACUUCAUCUACACUAUAAACUUCUAAUGACAAACAUUUAAAUAAUCCUACAGCCAAACUGCACCACAGAUUUCUAUUCAGUCAUUGCUCUUUAUGUUCACUGUUCUCUAUUUCUCUGACACUUUGUUGCCCACUCCAACAUAACUGUAUCAUUUGGGAUUUCAAGGAUACUGAUGAAUCAACAGUCCAUUCUUCUAUAGACUACUUGUCUACUUCUGCAUUUUCAGAACAAACUUCCUGUUACAGUUUACUGCUACAAGAGCAAUCCUAUUUGAAUUAAAAUUGCCACAGAGGUGUUUUGGGGAUCAGCUGACACUUGUCUCCAAAUGUUCCUUUCUGACAUUCUGCAGCAUCCAGAGUAUUAGCUACACUGGAAGACAUUGAAAGACAUUCAGUAAAAAUGAUGGCUAUAUUCUUUUUGCAAUUAUCUAUAAACUUGCAUCUUAAAACUUGUUUGAUAAUUUAUAUUGUGUGAAAAACAUUCAAUUACCUAAGAACAGUGACAGAAUAAUGGAUUGAGUCCCAAAGCUAUAAAAAUAUAAUUGAUUUCAAUUGGAAUUUGCCUACAUGGGCAGGCCUAAAAGCUAGUAUGAAGGCUUUACAAGCUAAGGUUUGUUGGCUUCAUUUAUAAAAGACAUUGAUAUUAUCAGAAACCUCUCUGAUAAAAAAGUGUAAUUUUUUUCAUGAGAGUGCAUUAGAUGUAUCAUAAUGUUUCUUAUAUUCAUGACAUACCAUACAUCACAUACAUCAAAUAUACACAGAAUAUGUGCAUAUCAAUACAUACAUAUAUACAUCAAAAACACUGGAUCAGAAAUAACUGCAUGUCUGCAAAAUACAAUAUGCAUAUAAAUCAAAACGCUCAGUGCAUUAGAUGCCAUUACAAUAAAUGAUUAACACAGUUAUUUAAUAGUUUGAGUAGUGUAUGUUUCAGUAUAGUAUUUGCUAGCAUUCUACUGACCUGAAAAUUCACAUUAAAAUACCCAC